AGAAACUGCGCGCAUCCCCUCGCCAUCAAAUCAAUAGAUUAAGUUUCACGAUGUUUUUCUAAUGGGUUCAGCACUGUGCGGCCCUAGACGGAAAAAGCAAGUUGGUUCGUCUUGGGUGGGUAACGAGAACGAUAACCCCUUCGAGACAGCUCUUACCAAAAAGGAGAGGACGUUAUUGCGCGAGACAUUCCAGCGUCUUGAUGAGCCGAAGGAGAUAGUAGGGACGAUAUUCGUCGACAUAGUAAACGAUAUUGAACCGGAUCUAAAAAAGGUUUUCGGUGUCGAUCGUGCCCCAAAGGCUGCAAUGUUGAAAAUGCCAAAGUUUGGUGGACAUGUGGCACGAUUUACGGAACUCAUUGACCAGAUCACUUCCAUGGUUGGCUACACAGAAAAUCUAGGGGGUGCAUGGCAGCUUGUGCGGAAAACUGGACGGAUUCACGUAAAGCAGGGAUUCCUCGAGCAGAAUCAAAACCAGCUUGAGAAAAAUUAUUUCGAACUGGUGAUGAAUAUUUUCAUAGAACGUUUUAUUCCUUUUCUAACUGGGGAGCAGACGCUGCCAGCUCCAGAUGGUAACGAAAAGAAAAGAGUGCGAUUUGCUCAAAGCUAUGCCCCUGCCCAAAUAGCUGAAGUAUGGAAGAAAUUUUUCAAUUUGGUCUCGGCUCAAAUGACAGAUGCAUUUGAGCACGAACGUAAUAAACAAAGAAAUGCUCAAAGUCAGAAGACUCUUGCCCCACAUCAACAUGUAGAACAAAACGAACGAAAGAAGAAGAGAAUACAGGAAAAGCAAAGCGAAAUCGAAAAUAACGCAAUCGCUGAGCCGAAGGAACAGGAACAAAUGUUCGAGGAUCCGUUCUGA